CGAAAGGCCUUUCUGAUUGGCCGCCUCCAGGGGCCAGUGUCCCGCAGCGGCUGGCCGGCUGGGGGUCCGGAGCGCAUAAGUACUUCCCGCUGGGAAGGGCGGUCCCAGACGUCUGGAGCUGCAGCUACCGGGAGCGCGGCGGGUUCCUAGUGCUGCCGGCCUGUCUCCUGUGCCUCGCCCCAUGCACCUCUGCCUCGGCCACAGCCGGCCCCCGCAGCAGCUCCCGCGAUCCGGCCAAGCCCAGCUGCGGCCCCUGCGGCCCUCGCGCUCCUGCCUGGCACGACCUCCUAACCCCCAGGGCCCCAAGAAGCAGGUGGUGUUUGCAGACACCAAGGGGCUCUCGCUGACAUCUGUGCACAUGUUUGAGGACGCUGUGGGCAGAGACUCCGAGGAGGGCUCGUGUCACCCGUCCAACUUGCCGCGCCUCCCACCACCGCCAUCCCCCUGCGCCCCCUGCCUCCCCGCACCUGGGCGGGACUCGGGGUUUCCGGGGACGCCGGCAGAUCCGGAGAGGGUGCCCCGAGCUGAGCGCGGGGCAAGAGGGCUCCCUGCGAGGCACCCUGCGGGCGCGCACUCUGGCUUUCCAGAAGGCCCUGCAGGGGGACAGGCUCACUUCCUGACCGAAUGGAUGAGAUUUCCUUCCGGAAGAUGCUCGGAAGGGCACCCUUUACCCUUCGCAGGGAAGGAAGCCUUGGGAAUGUGGAACAGAAAGACCUGAUAAUCUCGGAAAAACAAAAGUGGCCCAGGACUCUUGACCUCUCAAAAGUCAGACUAAGACAAGCUGGCUUAAUUUAUAACGACCUUUCCUAUGCAGGUAAUUUUUCCAUUCUGUGACCCCUUUUACUGUCUUUCCCCCACACGCCCUGUAUUGUCUACCAAAUUUCAUGCAUUAGGUACUAGUUCAUUCAUGACUUUAUUAAAACAUGCAUACUUUGUCAAGUUUCUGGUAGUCAUCAUGUAGUUUUAAGUCAUUCAACAAAUAUUUUCUGAGCAACCAUGAUGUGCCAGACAUCAUGUUAACUAUUGGGGCUAGAAAGAUGAAUAAAACAAAAUUCACAGUGUGGUGAAAGGAGCCAUACAUAUAGAUGAUAAAAAUAAUGUGAGAGACACAUGGAGAGGAGAAAAAAAGGGGGGGGGGAAGAAGAAGAAAAACAAUAAAGAGUGAAUGAGCACUUAAGAAGAAAUCAGAGAAAAUGUCUUAUUGGAGUUGAUCCCCGCCCCCGAAGUGAGUGCCUAAAAAAUGAGUAGGUGUUUGCCAAAAUUACAUUUCAAUUAGUUUAAGUAGACUUACUUAUAUAUGUGAUUUCCACAAGACUUGAAUUGUUGUUACACUAAUUGGAAACUUCCCUUUUCUUCCCCUGAGGAUCCCAGAAAGGCAGCCAUUGUGUUAAUGGGGGUGAUAAUGGCAGACAGGAGUGAAUUUUGGAAAAUAGAGAGCUGGGCAAAGAGGAGGGGAGGGCCGUAUUCAUCCAAGAGGACAUUCUGCUCAGCCAGAUGUUUUUGGUUGUUUGGCAGGUAGAACCCCACACAAGCACAACUCCUGGGGUAUAUCAAAUUGCCAGAUUCUUUAGAGUUAAAUAUUUCCUUUCCUUUCCUUCUCUUUCUUUCUUUCUUUCCUUUUUUUUCUAAUUUUAUCAUCAACGUAUUGAUGUUGAUUUGCCUUCCCAAGGAGACAUUGCCAUAAGGGUAUGAACUGACUAACGGAUUCUAGUAUUCCAGUUAAUUUUGCAUUUUCAAUUAUCCACCUAAUUUAAUUUUUUCAAAAGCCCCCUUUAUCAGUGUCUCCUGCAGAUUUGAUUACUACAAAUCAGUCCCCAGAAACAGAGAAUCAUCUUGCUGUGAAUUGACAAAUUUGGGUCUGUGAAUUUUCAAGUUGAGGACCACCAUGUGGAUGCAGUCAGAAAACCUGCCUUCUUCAGUUUGCUCUCAACCACAACGUCUCUGCUUCUUAAGUCAGAGUGUGCUUGUAUUGAUCUGACCCAACACGUGUAUCAGCCAUAUUCUGAUGACUCUCAGAUUUAAAUCACUGGAGCUCUCCUCCCAACUUCAGACUCCUACAUCAAAGAAGAGCAUCACAAAUGGUGGUUCCCCCCAAAUUAAAUACAGAAUUACAACAUGAUCUGGCAAUCCCACUUUGGGGAAUAGAUCCAAAAGAAUUGAAGGCAGCAGCUCAGAUAUUUGCAUAUUCAUGUUUGCAGCUGCAUUAUUCAUAACAACCGACAGGUGGAAACAACUCCGAUGCACAUCAGGGGAUGAGUGGGUAAAGUAAACAUGGCGUACACUUACAGCACGACAGUAUUCAGCCUUCAGGAGGAAGGAAAUGCUGACGCCUUACAACAUGGAUGAACCUGGAAGGCAUUAGGCUAAGUGAAAUAUACCAGCCCUGAAAAGACAAAUAUUCCAUGAUUUCACUAGAUGAAAGAGGUAUGAGUAAUUAAACUCCAAAACAGAAGUAGAAUGGUGGUUGCCUAGGGCUAGGGGAGAGGGAAUGGGUAGUUUUUGUUUAAUGGGUACAAGUUUUUGUUUUUCAAGAUGAAAACUUGUAAAGAUUGAUCACAUAAUAAUGUGAAUAUACUUAACACUACUGAACGGUACACUUAGAAAUGGUUAAGAUGGUAAAUUUUAUGUAUAUUUUACCAAAAUUAAAAAAAAUUGUUAUAAAGAACAUAGCUUGGGAUGCCUA